UUAAAAUAAUAUUAUAAAAUGAUUAAAAUAAUUUGCUAAGGUUGCUAUAGAUUUAUUCAUAUUAAAGAAGUGGGAGCGAAUGGUUUCAACAAACGUAUUUUUCAAGCUUUGCUUGUUUUACGAAAGAAUAGGACAUACUUUAUAAUCACCAGAAUACACCGGCAUGGCUGAACGUUUGUUGUAUGCAUUUCGAAUUUGGCGCGACUACAGAGUUUCAUUACUUCUACAAUAGAGAGCCGUAGUGUCCAAGAUGGCGUCGUGCUGUUUUGACAGGUGAUUCGCGGUGUUUAUGUUUGAAGUUCAGCAAUGUUUGGAACCGGAAAAAUUCUGAAAUUUCGUGAAGUAAACGUUUAAUUGCUUGAAAUGGUGACUUACCAGUUAACAUUUAAUGUUCCGCGUAGAAUUAAGUUCGUUUGUAUCAUGAAACUAAACCGCCACACACCUCAGAAACAAACUCGUCUCCAUGUAGAAACAAGGAACGUAAUAGAUUUAACGGAGUGCUGUGUGUAAAAUAAUGGCAAGUCACUACAAGUCAAAGGUACUCGUGGGUCUGCUGCUCUCCCUGGCCUGCAUUUUGUCUCUGACGAAGUUACUUUUGUGCGUGUUUGCUGAGAGCCCUACUUCGAAUGCGGGCGAGAAGACCGAGGUUGACGUUUGGCUGGAAGAAAAUGACUUGCUACAAUAUCAUAAACUUUUCAGAGACAAGGGCAUAUCGAACCUGGUGAGCUGCGCGCAGCUGGACGAGCUGCCCGAGCUGCCGGCGCACGACGAGGAGCGCUUGCAGCGCGCGGCGCAGCUGCUGCAGCAGCGACUCAUCCUCCGGCAGUGGCUCGGUCAGCACCACCUGCAGCACCACUACCAGAGGCUGCUGCAGGUGGACGUGGCCUCGCUGGACGACGUGUACUGGCUGGAGGACUCGCGAGCGCGCGUCCUGCUGGGGAAGGACCUGGUAUCGUGGGCCGCGGCCCGCCAGGCGCUGCCCACCUCCAAGGACGACCUGGCCCUGCUCAAGGCCGACCUCUGGAGCGCCGUCGUCAAGUCCACGCAGCACGAGGACGCCUGGACAUGGGGCGGCAUGCUGGUGGUGUCAGUGAGCGUGGCGGGCCUGGUCACGUUGGCAGCCAUGACCCAGCCCGCGCUCGCCCCGGAGGCCAAGCACACCCUGCUGCAGUAUGUGACCGGCAAGUACCUGCUGCCGGGCAACUGCAAGGUCGGCUUCGAGUGGGACGACCCCCAGGUGGUGGGGGGCACCAUGACCUUCACCGUCAAGUUCUACCAGCGCAACGGACAGCCGUACCCCAUCUGCGACACGGACAACCUGUUCGUGGAGGUGACUGACGGCGCGCGGCGGGUGGCGACGGUCACUGAGCUGGGGGGCACGGACCCCAGUGCGGCCAACGUGGCGGUGGUGAAGUUCACGGUGCGGCACGCGGGCCAGUACCACAUCUCGGUGCUGAUUGGCAGCUGUCACGUGCAGGGCAGCCCCUUCGUCAAGCACUUCCUGCCAGGUCCACCAGACCCGAACAAGUCUGUGUUCGUGCGGCACAGCUCCAUCGUGGUGUGCACGGCGGGGAUCUCGCACUCGCUGGCCAUCGAGCCCCGUGACGAGUACAACAACCUGUGUGUGUUCCGGUCUGAGGACAACCCGACACAGGGCUACGACGUGACCAUCACUCAGGUUGGCAGCAGCGAGCCAGCCCCGUGCUCCGUCACCCUGGACUACGAGCAGAUCAGCCACCGCAUCUGCCUGCAGGUGUGCUUCCCCUCCGAGGGCUGCUUCCACGCCACCGUCUCCUACCGAGGCGUCGAGCUCAACAACGGAGACUUCGACAUCAUAGUGUUGAGCAGCAGCGACGCGGCGCUGGUGCAGAAGAACGUGGCCUCCAAGAACCACAACAUCUGCUACGAGGCGCGGCUGGUGGGCGUGCAGGGCGAGACGCUGGCCAAGCCCAGGAAGGUGUUCUGCUACGUGUCGCCCAAGCAGCUCACGGUCAAGGAGUUCCUGCUCAAGUUCAUCCCCAAGAGGCUCGUGACGUUCCGCCUGUGUCCCUCCACCAAGUUUCAUUUCAAAAGUAGUGCGUACAACUCCAGUAGCAACAACAACCAACUGUCCAGCUGCAACAAUGGGAACAACCAACCAUCAUUCAUUGUGGAUGAUGGCUGUCAGCCAAAAGUGGAGCUCAUAGCGAAAGAUAGGAACGUGAUCGCAGCCACCUUUACCCAUUUCCUGCUCAAAAAUAUUGGCGGCUCGGAGACGUUCAAGGACAAGCAGGACUUCUUCUACCACGAGGUGCGCAAGUUCCACCAGAGGCACUACCACGAGAAGCUGCCCAUGAAGAUCAGUCGCGAGAAGCUGCUGGAGUCGUCUCUGAAAGCAACAAAAGGCUUUUCGGUCACUGAUUGGUGCAGAAACUUUGAGAUCACAUUUCAAGGGGAACAAGGUCUGGACUGGGGCGGCGUGCGCAGGGAGUGGUUUGAGCUGGUGUGUGCCGCGCUGUUCGACGCCAGGAACAGGCUGUUCGCGGGCUUCAGUGACAGCCAGCAAGCGCUGGUGCACCCCAACCCCCGCCGCCCCCCGCCCCUCAAGCUCAAGCACUACGAGUUCGCGGGCCGGCUGGUGGGCAAGUGCCUGUACGAGUCGGCGUUGGGCGGCUCCUACCGGCAGCUGGUGCGAGCGCGCUUCACACGCUCCUUCCUGGCGCAGGUCAUCGGUCUGCGCGUCCACUACAAGUACUUUGAGCAAGACGACCCGGACCUGUACCUGAGCAAGGUGAAGUACAUCCUGGAGCACGACGUGGACGAGAUGGAGCUGUACUUCGUGGAAGAGGAGUACGACCGCUACGGGCAGCUCACCAAGGUGGUGGAGCUGAUGCCCGGCGGCUCCAAGGUGCUGGUGCGCAGCGGUACCCGGCACCAGUACCUGGACGCGCUGGCGCAGUACCGGCUGGCGACCUGCGUCAAGGACGAGGUGGAACACUUCCUCAAGGGCCUCAACGAGCUCAUCCCCGACAACCUGCUCAGCAUCUUCGACGAGAACGAGCUGGAGCUGCUGCUGUGCGGUACAGGCGAGUACAGCAUCGCGGACUUCCGCGCCCACCACGUGGUCAACGGGGGCUCCCCAGAGUUCCGGCGCGUGCUCGACUGGUUCUGGACGGCCGUCUCCAACUUCACGCAAGAGGAGAUGGCGCGGCUGCUGCAGUUCACGACCGGCUGCUCCCAGCUGCCCCCGGGUGGAUUCGCCGAGCUCAGCCCCCGUUUCCAGAUCUCCGCUGCCCCCACCUUCGGCAGCCUCCCCACCGCGCACACCUGCUUCAACCAGCUGUGUCUGCCGGACUACGAGAGCUACGAGCAGUUCGAGAAGGCUCUGCUGCUGGCCAUCAGCGAAGGCACCGAAGGCUUCGGAAUGAUCUGAACCAUUGCGAGGACUACUGUGAGCUUCGCUGGCAUCUCGGGUUCUCGGAGACAGCCGUUUCGAGACGGUGGUUCUCGCGCAUGGAUCCAGUGUGGCAGAACACGGACGACCAUCUCCUUUCUCAGUCCUGUAACUACUUUAGCACGGACUUGUAGUAACCUGAACUGUUGCUUUCAUCUUUCUCUUGAGCGUCCUGUUGUUUUUUUAUCCCGGCCAUCUUCUUUCCAACAACGGAACAGUUGGAUCGUAUUACUAGAAAACAAAGAAAUAUAUAUGUAAAACUGCCUAAAAAUAGUUUUGAUAUCAUGGACUGUUUUGCACCCUUUCAUUGAAUGACACAGAAAUGCUGUCGCUGAAAAAAUAAUAGAAGAAAUAUUUUGACUUUGCAAGUGUUGUGUGAAUUGUUUUCAACCAGGUACGCCUGGUGCAAUUUCUGCUGAUAUUGUCUGGAAAUUAUCAUGAAAGUCUGAUGUAAAGCAUUUCAAAGGUACUAAUUUAUAUGUGGGUGUGUUGAAAGUGGGAAGGUUGUGAAAUGCACCUGUUAAAGUGUUUGUUGCGUUAUCAUUACAAGAAUUCAGAAUGUGGUUUAAGUUAUUUGUAUCGCUGUCAAGCUGAACUGAUGUCAGUAUUUUUUAUGGAUCUGUUAGCAUGUAGAGCAUUCAGGGUAACUUAAUGACUUUUAUAGAGCUGCAUAGUACCAAGUGGUUAUAUUUUUUUUAAGUUGAGUUUUUGCUGGAAUUAAUUUUUAUGUUAUAUGUACCUCCAAGUAUUCUGUAGCUAAAACCUUAGUUUAAGUUUAAAUUUCAAAAAAGAACAAGUGGAAGAGGAUUCAGAACAGCAAUAAUAUAAGGUCUCCUGUAUAAGCUACAUGCUGAGUGCAUGGAUGGUGGAGCAUUGUAGUAACUUUUUUUUUCUUCUUCAAAAUCUGUAAACUAGAAUAUUAUAAUCAUUCUGUAAUGG